GUGAACGCAGUCGAAGGUCCGGUUACUACAACUUGAGGGUGUCAGCUUCGCUAUUACGUCUUCACAUGUGUGGAGGUGGUGGAGGGAGUAGUUUCUACCACUCCCUGGUGUCAUCGGGAGCUCCCAGUGUCACAUCUUGCUUUAAAUUCCCUUCAAGUGUUACCUGUUUUCUGGCUGUCAACUAAAAUAAACACAGGAGGAGAAGGAGGAGGAAUUAUUAAAAACGUGUUCCAAAGUGUGGAUGAAAACAAUUAGGCUGUUGAAACGGUGAAUAAGUAAAAUAAACGUGAGCUGUAUGUGACCUAUCCUUUCGUUUUAUCACAUUAAAAAUGAUAUAGUUUAAGAAAGAGUAAGUGGCAUUUUAAUGACAGGAGUGAGAUUGUGUGGUGUUCCUUGUGCUAUUUGUUUGCGUGUGGGAGGAUAUUUUACCUUCUCGUGUGACUUAUUUGGAGAACAAGGAUUAUAACGCCCCUCCCCCACACAACUCCGUACCAUCCCCUACAACAUGUUCACACGGUUCGACGCGAGCAAGUCGACCAAGGGCGCAAGCAAGUUGCGCCGGGACCUAAUCAACGCGGAGAUCGCGAACCUGAGAGACCUGCUGCCUCUCCCGCCGUCAACACGACAGCGUCUCUCGCAGCUCCAGUUAAUGGCACUCGUUUGCGUGUACGUGCGGAAGGCAAACUACUUCCAGCAGGUGUUCAAGCGUCAUGAUGUCAGUCUGCACCACGUACCUACACCAAACAUCGGCUUCUCUAAGGCUCUGAGUGGCUUCCUUAUGAUGAUGACGCAGAACGGCAAGUUACUCUACAUCUCUGACAAUGCAGCGGAAUACUUGGGCCACUCAAUGGAGGAUCUCCUGAUACACGGAGAUAGUGUUUAUGACAUCAUCGACAAGCAGGAUCACCAGGCCAUCCAGACGGAGUUGGUGCGAAGCGCCACCGGGCCCGGCGACGAGGAACGGAUGUUCCUAUGUCGGAUGAACGUUUCGAGAAACGCGCGCAGGCAAAUGCGCUUCGGAGACCAAAAGGUGGUACUGGUCCAGGGUCACUACCUUUCUUUCCUACCACUGUGUAGCCGCAACGAGCCUGUGUUCCUGGCCACAUGCACCCCAGUCGCCAUGCCAGAGACGAGGGAGUGCGUGGUUCAGGGCGCCACCAAUGUGUUCACCUCUAUACACUCUAUGGACAUGAAGUUCAUGCACAUCGAUAAGAACGGAGAGUUCCACUUGGGGUACCCGAGGACGGAACUUCAGGGGGCAUCGUGGUACCACCUGCUACACUGGGACUGCAUGCGGGAAGCUCAGAGUAAACACCGCCUCAUUACCCAGUCGGAACAGGACCGAUCUUGUAUCCUACUGCUGCGUCUUCAGCGGCGACCUGGCGACUGGCUGUGGGUCCACUGUGUCCUGCAGGUUAAGGACAACAUGGAAAACAGUCAGCAGCCUGUCAUUGUCUGCACCAACCAGGUCCUUAGUGAGCGGGAGGCGACUGUGAUGCGCGCCAACAGUUGGCUGUACCACUAUUACAUGGUCCAGAGCAAGUUGCAGUACGGACUCGCAUAUGAAGCCCACGCCGCCUCCAGGAUGGCAGCCGCCGCCGCUGCAGCGUACUAUCACCCACACCCGCCACCGCCACCCCCACACCACCCACAGGUCAUGUCACCGUACCCUCACCACGACCCCAGUCACCAUUCCAACUACCUCCACCAUCACCACCAGAUGUCACCUGCGCCCUCAGGGGUAGUUCCCACCCAUCACCACCCUCACAGUCACCACCACGGUCUGAACGGUUCGACCGCGGGACAGCACCAUCAUCAGUUACAGCAUCCGACCAACUCAGACAGUCCCGGGUACUCCAUGCCUCCAUCGACGCCGUCCGAAAGCGGCCCUCCCUCUUAUAGGUACGGGCGGAGGACGGAGCCGGAACCCGUGGACUACUCGCUGCACCCGGCCCAUGAUGACCCGGGCGACGAGCGAUACCUUCUGCCCGUCGAGGAAGUGAGAACGUCUCCCACAAUCACCGCACAGAAGAGGAUAGAGUUCAUGAAAACACCCGCCGUCACUUCACCAAGAUCUUCGCCAUCCACGGAAGUGAUUGUUGAUCUUGAUCGCGGUGGGGGUGGCGGUGGUGGUACCAUUCUAGUGACGUCAUCCUCCAUGGUGACAGCGCUGCAGCAUCCUCUGAGUAGAACCAGAGUUAUAAAGGCCGCGAUAGUCGACCCGGCGGAGUUCAUCGAGCAGUGGAACCCCAGCCCGCCGUGGUCCGACACGACAGUCCAGAAAGUGCCCGACAUCAUACACCAAGACCUCAGUCCUUAUAUGACCACAACGCCACCGACACCCACAGGGACUCCAGGGAGUCUUAACGGGGGAGGAAGCAGUAGCAGUGGGGGCGGUCUGUCCCACCAAACCUCACACACUGCAUUCACGUUCGACUGGACACCUGAGCAGUACGUGCCUAACCUCCAGGGCACGCUGGGAACGGCACGGUCGUCCGUGGGCUCUAUUCCGAUGUCCGAUGAGGAGCAGUUCCAUCUGAUGGGGGUUGCGACGGCGGCCACGUGGCCUAGUGAACACAGAAUGUUCCCUUUGCAACCACCACCGUCUAGGCUGGGGUUGCAGUCCGCCGCGGGCAGACUAGAGCCUGAAGCCUCAGAGCCAAGCCCAGCCAAAGAUGCACGGGACUCUGCGAACAGUUUAUGAGCAAGAACGCAAGAAAUAAUCAGCUGACAUUUCUAUAUUUGUAGACGUUUAUAAAUAUAACUGAGUAUGACAUAUUGUCAACAACGACUGUGAUGCCAUCUAUAUAACGCAAUACUUCCUAAAUCCACGGCUGGCUCGUGCAAUAUUUGUCAUCAAGUUUUCUUUCUACGGCAGUGUGACAGUUUUUGUGCAUAUGCGUGUUAACAGUUUCAAAUUUCACAUCCAGUGAGUUUGUUCAGUUGAUUUUAUCAAUAGACAGGAACAUGUAUCAUUAAAACGGGGAACCUAGAGUACUUCGUGACAUCGGACAUGACUGUUACGCUAUUUUAAUGAAAUCUCCCAUGUAAAGUUGUUAUCAGAUUCUAUAUUAUGUUUUGACCGUGUAAACAUGUCUCUCACCCGUUGACCGUGUACACCUGACUUUUCGUUGUUGGUUUGUUGAUGUUCAAGAAGAUGUUUUGCUCAUCUACGAACUAAAACCGGUCAUAUUUACUAAGCUUGCGGAAAGACAAGUUAAGUAGAGCUUAUGUUGGGUCUAGCAACCCGUUAAAUGUGUUCUUUUACAUAAAAGAAACGUAUCAUAUUUGUCCUAUGUUGGAGGUAUAAUUAUCUCACGUGGCCCCUUUAAGGGACUCAAUAGAUAUACAUUCUAAAUGAUUCAGACAUCAUAUUAUAGUUCAGUGUAGUUUAUUUAUUGAUUACUGAAGUCUGCGUCACAUUCCUCAGUAUUAUAAUCGGCCGUGCUAAUAUUUCUGACACAGCGGAACAGAAUUUGUGGCAGCACUGGCGAACUAUUUUAUGAAAGCGCCCGCAGCCGUGACGUAUAAGCGAUCACCAUGUGAUGUUCUUUUGUUCUGUUUAUAACAAGAAACGUGCGAGCGCGUGUGUGUGUGUGUGGUACAAAAGUAAGUUAUAUAUUAGAGAUAGUUCUGUAUGAAAGCUCUAUGAAACGUACGUUUUUAUAACAAGAACUCCCCUACAACUACUAGAAUUUCAACAGGUAUGUGUAUAAUUACUUUAAACAUAUCGAAAUGUUGUAUUAUUAAAGUAGUAUAUUGAGGUUAUUUAGGCUGUGAGCAUGUCUCAUGUAUUCCUAUCGAAAUUAGUAGUUAUUUAUUUUUGAUACAUGUCUUGUUAGACCAGAGAACCUUAAUUUGCAUCACUGAUGGCCAAAUGUUUUUGAAACUCGGUGAGACAUUUUACUGCUUCAUAAACUUCAACGUUUGAGUACAAUAACGCAGUUGUCACCGUUUCCCACGAGAUGUCUCUACUUGUCUUUCUGAUAUUUAUUUAUCCAUGAAGGCCUCUUUGUUUCUUUUAACUACUUUUACGUUCUUCUGAGUGGGUCAAUGGAAGCUUAAUAUAAGAUGUGUUUGAUCUCAGGUUCACUGGGUAGAUAUGCCGAUAGCCUCAGCGUCGUACCUUAUCGACAUUACAACGAUUCCCAAUGAUUAAAUUCGGUUUUGAUAUUUUUAUUAAAUCUAUGCGCCCAUUAUUUUUAACUUCUGAUAAUACUGCUUUGAUAAUAUAUAAAAUACUGAAUUUUGAAGCCUCUUGUUUAACUUUGGAAUAUAAUUUAUUGUAUACAUCAUUUAAAAUUCACGUUGCUGGUUUUACACAGAAUGUUUAGCCUUUUGAAGAGCUGUUCUCCGUGUCUGUGUGUGAGCCUUAAGAGACCAUUAAACCGAUAUUUCGACUACAGUUCGAAUUUAUGUUUGUGCACAGUUUUUUAAGAUAGCGUCACAUGUAAUAUACUAAGCAAAUAUUAGACAUAGAACCAAGCUGUAUAAAUUGUUAAUGUUGGCAGCACCUGCCCAGUACAGAUUUGAUGUAGACUGCCGAUAAUUGGCUGUAUUUCCGAAAUUUCGCCUUGCAGUUCUUCUCGCUUUGAAAUAAGCAGAAUGUUAUGUAAAAGACUCGUAAGAAGUCGUAAAAAUUCGCCAAGCGCAAGUUACUUUACUUGUUUCAGAGCGUUAUUUUGAUGACAUUAUGUUUUUGUUGUAAAAGAAAAUUGAAAAGAGUGGGGGAUUUAAAUAUUUUAUAAUCUUAAAGAUAUUUAAGCAUAAAUGAAAAUAUAUUUUUAUUAUACUAAAAGAAAGAUUGUUAUAUUAUUUUGUUAUUCUAUUCUGUUAUUCCUACUUUCAUUCGCAUUCUCGAAAUUUAUCAGGAAUCAGACGUAAAAUAAUAAAAACAGAAAUCACUGCGCACAGUUUAUUCAAUAGACAUUAUAAUAACGCUAUGUAAGUAAUUUAAUUUUUAUAGAUAAACUUCAUUUUAAAGGUUCCGAAAUUGUUUAACAGGACAGAUUAAUUAACUUGCGAUGAGGAUUUUAAUUGUUUCAGUAAAAUUAAAGCUUAUAAUUGAAAUGAUAUUAAUAAUUUUUUUUCAGAAUAACUAGCUAACAGCGAAUAUCCAGCUGUAUCACAGUCAAUAAAUACCCACAGUUAUUGCUGUUUGGUUCAGUUUUCCUUACACCCGCCUUCUUGUAAAUAAAUUCAAAUUUGUGUUGCCUU